AUCAGGAACUACAGAAACUAUGCAGGACACUGUGGGUAACAUUGGAAACAGCUCCUAAUCUUCCAAAAAUGAUGAGGACAUGUGAGGAAGAAAUAGAAUGGUAUAAAUCAGUCAAAGAGACACAAGGCUCAGUUGAAGUAACCUCUUAUGGUCAAAUGAACAAUAUUAAUGAAUAUGGUGUCUAUGAGAUUGGGUCUUCUAAGAAAGGAAUUUUAGUUAGCCGUUCAGAAGGUAUUCAUUUGAGGCUAAGAGAGUCCAAACAUAAAAGGAUCCCAAAAUUAUUCUACAAUUUGGAUGAGCUAAGGGAUCUGGAGAGUAAGUUAGUACUAAUAACUGGUACAGAAACAACGGAAAGAAAGCAAGUAGACUUAUUUCUUGAU